AUGCACACUUGUUAUGAUAAUUUCCAUGCUGGAAUGUUUUUUGAAUAUUCUCGCGAGAAACAAGAAGAACUUAUACAUCGAGCUACUCGUCAAGGUCAUGCAUUUUCGCUUGAAACUUAUCUAAAUUAUUACACUGCGGAAAAUAUAAACCAACAAUAUGUAUAUGGACGAUCGAAAUGGACUUUAUUAAUUGCUGCAUGUUUUUAUAGACAUGAAAAUAUUGUACGUAUGUUAAUGCAUCGUUUUAAACCCGAUGUUGAUGCAGUAGGUAAUAUCAAACUUGAUUUUGUACAUGAUAUAAUGUACAGUGUGUCUCCAUUAUGGGUGGCCGUAGCUGUUGGUCAUUUUGGAAUUGUAAAAUUAUUAGUUGAAGAAGGUAAUGCAAAUGUAAAUCAUUUAUCUAUAACACGUAGUUCACCACUUCGUGCUGCUUCAUAUAUCGGACGACUUGAUAUAGCUCGUUACUUAAUUAUGCAUGGUGCUGAUAUGAAACUUGUUCGAGAUGGAAACUAUACGAAUUUAAUGUUAAGUGCUUAUCGUGGACAUGCACAUAUAGUAGAAUAUUUUCUUGAUAAAUUAGGAUGUGAUCCAAAUGAAUUUGAUCGAGAUGGCCGAACAGCAUUACACUAUGGUAUGGAUGGUGAUUCAAUCGAGGUUGUUCGACUACUAUUAAAAUAUGGAACGAAAAAUAUUUCUCACAAUACAAUAAGUCCACUAAUGUUAGCUGCGCUAGAAGCAAGAGAAAAUUUAGUUGAUGCUUUUGAAAAUUAUCGUUGUUCAGAUAUGGAAUGGAUUGAAGCAAGAGAAAUACUUGGGGCAACCUAUGCAAAUAUUGAAUCGAAAAAUUAUAAUAUUGAUAAAGCUAUAGAACACAUAACAAUAGCAUAUAAAUGGAGAAUGGAAAAGAACCUUCCAAAAGCAUCUCCAUCUAUUUUACCUAUUGAAGCAUUUAAUUAUCCUCAAGAAUGUCAAACAUUAGAAGAAUUUAAUCAUAUUUUAUCUGAAUCGAAUACUCGACUACAUAUUGAAUCUUUAUUGAUACAAGAAAGACUUUUAGGUCAGAAAAAUAAACGAUAUCGUCAUGCUGUACGGUUUUACGGUACUGUAUUAGCUGAUGCAAAUCAAUAUCAUGCAUCACUUCAAUUUUGGUUAUAUGAACUUAAUAUACGACGAGAACAUAACAUCAAUUUUGAUAAAUGGCAUUUACGUGGUUUCGUUCAUAUGUUUUCCAAAAUGAUAAAAAAUAAUAUCGAUAUUAUAUCUGAAAAAGCUAUACUAGAAAUUUUAAAAGCACUUAAUGACGAACUUGCAAAUGGUAGUAGUAAUGAUCACAACUUAUUUACACUUUUCUAUCUGAUCACAGUUAUUAGUCACGUAUCGGAAGAACAACGACUGUCUACUUAUACGAUAGAUAUCUAUCGAAAAUUAGUGAUAUUUGUUCGAGCCAACUAUAGAACUAAAGAAAACUCACAACAUUGGACUCUACUUCAUCUAAGUAUGAUGAUAGGACUACAAGGAAUAAAUGAUAAUCAUAUUAUAAGCUUGUGCAAAUACCCAUGUCAUAAAACGAUUGGUUUAUUACUUCAAUGUGGUGCCAACGUCGAUACGGUUGACUCAAAAAGAAAUACUCCAUUACAUUUAAUAGCUCAACGUAAAUGUGAUACUGAUAAUGUAUUGUUUAUAAUUGAUAUGCUUUGCAAUAAUUUUGGAGCACAUUCCGAUUGCGUUAACGAUCAAGGGAAAACACCUCUUGAAACUGCAUCGAAUAUACGUGUCAAAGAACAUCUCCGUAAGAAAAUAGGUGUUGGUCAACUUAAAUGUUUAUGUGCUCGAUUUAUUCAACAAACAAAAGUUGUAUUUCAAAAUCAUCAUUUUCCUUUAAAUCUGGUUAAUUUUAUUGAGAAACACUAA